AUGGGUGACGCUCCGUCAUUCUGCAUCAAAUCGGUGGCGGUUCAGAUGAAAAAAUUGUCGGACGUCGUCGUCGACGAGAAUCCGACGCCAGAAGACGUGGAACUUCUCACUUUUGUGAGUGUCUACGAAGAGCUGUGCAAGUUCAUCGGAAUGCUCGGCAAAAUUUUCGAGUUUGUCGAAAAAGACGUUCGUGACAAAAUCGAUUUGCUCAAAGAGCUUCAUUCGGCCGAUCCGGAAGGCUAUAAGACGGUUCUGACGAUGGUCGAGGCGGAGAAAUCGAUUCAGAAGGGCAAGGAGAGCGGAGCCGUCGCCAUUUUGCACUUGAAUCGGUAAAUUUUUGUGAAAAUCUAACUUCUCCAUGGAAAAAUCAUAAAAAUCCAUUCGCUAUAGCCUAAAGCCUUUCAAAUUCAAUAGAAAAUUGUUAGAUUUCACAAAAUUCUGGUGAAUUGUAAAUUCCAAUUGAAUCUGCUAAUUUCAGCGCUCUGGAGUUCAUCAUCGAGUUUAUGUGCGCGACGGUGGCGGCCACCAACGAGGACAGCAUUCCGAAGAUUUGCAAAGGGUGCUACGAUGGAACUCUUGCCAAGUACGGACGGUUUGACAGCGAACACUUGCGGAAACAAUAGUUGAGCGAGGAAAAGAAGGGAAAAAAGACGACGGUCUUAGCAGAAACAUUGUUGAAGAGAUCGUAAACAUCGACAUACUGUUGAAAAAUCAAAGGUUCGACAAGUCACCGAGUCUCGCAGCGAUGCGCGUCUAAAGAGUGUGCACCGGUUGACAUGUGUCGCAGAGAUGAAAGGGUGUUCGGGUGACACGUCAAUCAAAAGUUGUAGUUUUUUUUUAAAAGUUUCUAGAGAUUGUUUCCAACAUUCAACACUUUUCAACACUGAAAAAUGCGCGAAAAUUGUCGUUCUCCGUCGUUUGUUUUUUUUUCCUCUUUCGAAGAGACUGGCCGAGUGGACCAACGGAAAUUGUUUGGUCGCACGGGCAAAAGAUCGCAUCCCUUCGCUCGGUCAGCAUAUUUUUCUGUCACGAAACACUUUUUUCUUUAUACAAAUGCCAAAAAUGUCCCAAACGUUCAAAAAGACAAACAUUACUUGCAGACACCACCCGUGGAUCAUCCGCACCGCCGUCAAAGUGGCCGUCUACACGCUUCCGUCGCGCGACAAGCUGCUCGAACACAUCAGAGGUAUACAGUUUGCAAAGCUCGAUUUUUUGAAACUAACCGCGUUUUCUGCUCAAAAAAUCGAAGAAAUUCGAGAAAAUGUGGUGAGAUCUGUCCUUUUCCGCUUCUUAUUACAGAACAAAGUCGCAUUUUUCAAUUUUCCCCCAGAAAAAAUCGCAAAAAGUCCAGAUUGUGCUCUCAAAAAAAUUUGAACGCAUUGCAGGCCCGCACACGGACGAAUCGGCGAUCCGCGAACACAUCGACGACGUCGUGAACCACGGAAAAGUGGUGCACGCGCGCAUAAACACCAUUUACGCAGAGUACGAGCUGCAUCAGAUCGCCUGA